UCACAGAAAUGUGUGGGACAUCCCACUAGUUGAAGAACAAGCGGAGGAUGUAGAAGUAGAUGUUAUGCACGACACUAGUUCCUCUAAUUUCCAAUUAUUCGUUGAUCUUGGACCGUUGCCACAAAUCAGCUUUGAACGUACGGGGGCUCCAUUACAAUUUGUUGAGAUAGAUAAUGUUGCAAUUGAGGAGGAGAGGGAGGAGGAAAUGGAAGAAGAAGAGGAGGAGGAGGAAGAGGAAGUGGAGGAGGAGGAGGAGGAGGUUGAAUAUGAAGAUGAUGAAGAGGAAGAUGAACACAUAGAAACCGAUGAUGAUAGUGAAGAUUAUUAUAGUGAUAAUUAAGUGAUAUGGCUGAUGUUAUUGCUCAAUCUCACGGGGGUGAUGGUGGAGGAUGCGAUCCUCCACGUGGACCGGCAGAUAUCCCAGCUGAUUGUGAACGAGCGCCUCCAAGUAAACGUGGACGCCAUAAGGGAUUGAACACGCGGGAAAAGAGGGAACAGUUGGGGCGUCCUCUCCCUCUCGAGUGGGAUGUGCGGGGGAGAACAUAUAAAGAGAUCGGAGAGUACAGCUCAAAUUUCUCAAGAGAGCUCGGAUUACUUGUUCGACAGUACACAGAUCCGGACUGUCCUCAAUGGUCAAAAGUACCAAAUGCCUCGAAAGAAAGAAUACUUGCACAUUUGGAAGAUGAUUUGUUUGAUAUUGGGCGUACUAGAUAUGGAGAAGGGCAUAUGCCUGGGAUCUUGAGAGGCAUUGAUACUUCGUGUGCUAAAAAGUAUUCUGACUGGAAGUACGAUAUUAAAGAGCACUUAACGAUUAAUGGGCCACAAAAUCGUUAUGGUGGUUGCACGGAUACGCAGUGGCAAAAAGCAAUUGAUUUUUUCCGUCGCCCAGAAAUUACGAAACGUUCUGUGGUCAACAAGGAAAAUAGAAAGAAAUUGAAAGAGCUUAGCUAUGGAGGUUCUCAGUCAAUCUCAGCCUUACGCUAUAAAAAGGUUAGUUAA